AUGACAGGACUAAAGAAAGUUAAUUCCAAGGCAGAUAUGAAGAAAGAAAAUGAUCCCGUAGUCCAAUUUCAAGGGAAAAAAUUUCGUAAUCAAUAUGAUAAUGAUAUUUCUACAUGGAGUCCUCAAGGUCGUAUUCAUCAAGUAGAGUAUGCUUUAGAAGCUGUAAAACAAGGAUCUGCUGCUGUUGGCCUAAGAUCUAAAACUCAUGCUGUUCUAUUAGUAUUAAAGAGAUCUACUGGUGAAUUGGCAUCUUAUCAAAAAAAAAUCAUUAGAAUUGAUGAUCAUAUGGGUAUAGCAAUAGCUGGUCUAACUUCAGAUGCAAGGGUUUUAAGUAAUUUUAUGCGUACUGAAGCAAUGAAAUCUAAAAUGAUUUAUAAUCGUCCUUUACCAAUUUAUCGUAUCGUCUCUGCAAUUGGUGAUAGUAAGCAUUCUAUAAACACACAUGCUCAAAUAAAUACUCAAAAUUAUGGUAAAAGGCCUUAUGGUGUUGGUUUAUUGGUUGUUGGACAUGAUGAAACUGGUCCACAUUUAUAUGAAUGCGCACCUUCUGGUAAUUUCUUUGAAUAUUACGCAAUGUCAAUUGGUGCAAGAUCACAAUCUGCAAAAACAUAUCUUGAAAAAAAUUGUGAAUGUUUUAACGAUGCCUCAUUGGAUGAACUUGUUAAACAUGGUCUACAUGCACUUCGUGAUACACUACAAUCAGAUAAAGAACUUACGACAUUAAAUUGUUCAGUUGGUAUAAUUGGUGCUGAUCAAAAAUUUGAAAUUAUAGAGGAAAUGUUUGGUAAUUCAGUCACCAAAUUGUAG